CAUCUACCUACAAGCCCCCCGUAGGCGGCCAGAAAAGCCCCUAUACACCCCUCAAACUCCAGACCUUCCACUUCGAUUUACUUUCGUCUUCUAACCCACCAACAAUUUGCUCUUAAUCAGCCCCUUUCCUUUGUCCCCCACUUCUCUGAGCUUGCUUCUCCUCAUACCACCCUGGGCUCCUCCUUUCCCAGGAGCUGUCCAAGCUGCUCUGCUCCUCUUUUUUCCAGUCCCUCUCCAAGCCAGUAGCUUUUAGAUCAUGCCUGGAGCUAAGCUUGCCCAGAGUCCAGAGGAAGGCGGCGUGUGCAUUACUGAAGCCCUUAUCACCAAGCGGAACUUGGCCUUCCCUGAGGAUGAGGAGCUGUCAGAGAAGAUGUUCCACACGCUUGCUGAACUGCAGACUGUCCGCCUGGACCGUGAGGGAAUUACCACUAUCAGGAACCUAGAGGGCCUCCAGAAUCUUCACAGCCUCUAUCUGCAAGGGAAUAAGAUCGAGCGAAUUGAGAACCUGGCCUGCGUCCCCUCCUUGUGCUUCCUGUCUCUGGCAGGAAACCGAAUCAAGCAGGUGGAAAACCUCCAUGACCUCCCACACCUCCAACUUCUGGACCUUUCUGAGAACCUGAUAGAAACACUGAAGCUGGAUGAAUUCCCUGAAAGCCUUCUCAUCCUCAACCUGACUGGAAACAGCUGCACCAACCAGGAUGGCUACAGGAAGCUGGUGACAGAAGCCCUGCCACUGCUCCUAGACAUGGACGGCCAGCCUGUGGCAGAGCGCUGGACCUCAGACGAGGAGGAUAAAGCCUCAAGCGAUGAGGAUGAGGAAUUCCCAGAGCUGAGAGGCCCAUUCUGCUCAGAGCGAGGCUUCCUCAAGGAGCUGGAGCAGGAGAUGAGCAGACACCAGGAGCGCAGGCAGCAGACAGCCCUGCUGGAGCACCUGCUGAGGGUGGAGACGUGGCCCGCCCUCACCGACCUCCCCCUGCUGCCAGGGGCGCCCAUGGCUGGGGACAGCAGCCCUUCCGUCACUCCCAGGCAAGGGAAGGAGACAUCCCCGGAGCCCGCCUCCUUGCCACAAGCCUCCUCUGCCACCAAGAAACCAUGCCCUCUGGCUUCCAGGAGCCAGCAAAGCACUAUGCAGGCAAGGAAGGGGGCCAGAGCAGCCGCAGCCCCCAAGGCCUCUCUGGCUGGGGCCCCCAGCACGACCAAAACUGUGACCAAAAGAGUCAAGAAGUGAAGUGCAGCUGUCAGCAAAGCCCCAGGAACACGGAGUAACAGGGAGUGCACUGGGCCUCACCGCCUCCUCAGAGCCCUCCCCUGUGGCAGGAGCCUGUCCCCAAUAAAGUAUC